AUGGCAUUGCCUUACGUGUUCCUGAUGAGACCCCCAACAUAUAUACAUUUCAUUUUCAAAGACACCAGACAUCUCAUCCUUGAAGACUCAGAGACACAGAGGGUCAUGAUUGGAAAGAUUGCUCACCUACUCACCAUUGAAUGUGAUGGUAGGGCGCGGCCCUGGCUCAAGCUCAAGCUUGGUGAGCUGGCUGGCUUCAGGGAUGGCUUUCUGGAGUUCAGGUUUGGUGUGUGA